AUGGGCAGCAUACCGCGUAUUACAGUAACCGAUCAAGACCCGGCAAUGAAGGUAGCAAUUGCAAAAGAAUUUCCGGAGACCCGACACCGUUAUUGCAUGUGGCACAUAAUGACGAAGGUGAGUGAUAAGGUGAGCGCAGAGAUGGCACGAAACGAAGAGUUCCGAAGGGAACUAAAUGAUGUAGUGUGGAAUGACAGCGCGACUUCCGAAUAUUUCGAAGUUGCAUGGAAAGGAGUAAUUGAAAAGUACGAAUUACAAGGAAAUGCAUGGCUGAAUCGUAUGUACGACGAGCGUGAGAAAUGGGUGCCUGCGUGUUUUGAAGACGUGUUUAUGGGCGGACUACUCCGUACAACAUCCCGGUCUGAAGCAGAAAAUAGAAUUUUCCGAACCAACACAAACAAACACAUGUGUCUUUCGGAAUUUUUCAUCCGGCUAGAGAGUACAAUUAGAAAGCAACGGAUCACAGAGGCGGAUCUAAGUGGGUCUUGCAACGCACAAACACCCUUGUUCAAAACGCAACUGCGAAUAGAGCAAGAUGCAGCGGCACAGUACACAUUAACUGUGUUUUACGAGGUACAAGAGAAUAUAUGCGCCGGAUGUUUUGAUUGUCGAGUGCGUUCUGUCAAGCAUGAUGGCCCAAUAGGCACGUACGUGGUUGAGGAUGAAUAUAACAAGAGAUUCACGGUCAUAGUAGAGAAUGGGACAAACACAACAACUUGCACUUGCCGAAUGUACACACGGAUUGGUUUGUUGUGCAGUCAUGCUUAUGCGGUGCUAAUCUACGAACGGAUCGAGCACACACCUCCCCAACAUAUCAACCCCCGAUGGACAAAAACAACAUUAAAAAACACAAAUGGAGUGGGGAAUGAUAGUCUGCAACAUGCUAGGACUUCUUCAACCAACAAUAACGAAGAAAACACCAUAAUUAAUUUGUUAUACAGAUGUCUAGGUCUAGCACAAGGAGACAGUUCGAAGUUGGAGCCGAUUCGAAAAACACUAGAGGAUUUCGAAGCGACAUGGUCCGAGAGCGGGGGAGAACGAGGGGGUCCAGAUAAAGGCAAACAAGUGAUUAUGGAGUCAUACUGCGGCGUCCCACAACCUGAGGAAGUCAAUGUGCACCCACCACCCAUUUCAAGCAACAAAGGGUCAGGAAAACGAAUGAGGACUGCUAAAGAGAUAGCAAUGAAGGAGCAAAGUAAGAAGAAACGAACAUGCAAGACCUGUUGA